AUGAUUAGAAGUUGCGUGAAAUCGCGGCGUCUAGGCCCUGGUGCAAAUGUCGCAUACAUGGGGCUUCUCGCCAGUAUGGGUGCGGGAAUGGACAGUCAAGGCCGAGCGCUGGAUGAAGCUUUUUGUACAAUCUGGAAAACUGCAGCGAUAGGGUCGUUCAUUCAUAUUGAAGAUGGACGUUGGUUCUGGAGAGUAGAAUGCACCAACGAGGUUGACCCCAAGGAAAAAGAAAAGCAACAUGAACUGAGGGUACGAGGAAGCGGAGUUGAGGGAAACCAUCAGGACAAACGGCGGGGGCUAUUGGCUGUCGAAGGCAGUAUCAGACGGGUACCACGCGGACACUGCUAG